GCUUGCGGAGGGAGGCAGGACAAGCCAGCGACCACAUUCCUGCACUCUGGGCUGCCUCCUGUGGGGCCCGAGAGGGAGCGGCAGGCCUCCCUGUUGCGUGCAGGGCCCGGGCUGUGUGGGUGGCUCUCCAGAGUCUCCUAGAGCCCUUUUUGGGUCUGAUUCUCUGACCCUCCCCUCUCUCCUUGCUCACCACUUGGCACUCCACUCCUUAUCCUUUUGCUGCAUUAAGUUUGGAAAGAGAUUUUGGAGAAAAAUAUAGCCCCUAUUAGUGAAUUUCUCCUCCUCCCAGGGCCUGUCCAGGCUUGCGCCAUGCCCACUCUCUUCCUUUCCAGCGCUGGCCACAUUCUCCCUGCACCUUUAGUGCCUACUUUCCCUGCCUCUCCCUGGGCUCCGGGUCUGUGCCCACAGUGUCCUGCCUGGCCCUCGUGCUGCCUCUGGUUGCCCACAUUCCUGCAACUCUGUGACCACAACAGGGGCGAUUACACAUUCCUGGCCUGGCAGCCAAUGGUGUAAAAAAGAACAGAAUGUCCUAAGGCCCCGCCUAGCCCCCAGCUUCACCUGGGCCCCUCCCGGGUCUGGACAAGGUUGGAGGGAGUGGUGAGGACUCAGCAGGAAAGAGGAGGGACCAGGAGGAGGCAGAUGCGCCCCACCUGAGUGCGCCGCGUCCACUUAGUGAGUGAGGAGGAGGUUUGCAGAGACCUCUUCUCUCUUCUCUCCAGGACCUGGGGGUGAGGCUGAGCCGUGGGUACCCUUAGAGGGUUGCCCACUUGCUGAGACUCCAGUUCCUGGAAGCACACUUGGGACUCCCCCCUUGCUCUCCUGCCUGGAGAGAGACUCCCUUUGGUGCUGGCUCCUCCUAUUGGCCCCCGCCUCCGCCCCCCACCCGCCUCUACUCACUCAGUGCCCCUCCUCCAUCCCCAUCUCUCCGUCCUUUGCUGUCCCUCUCUAUUGUCUCCCUUUUUCUGUCCUCUUGUCCUCCGGUUUCCCCACCCAGGCCCUCUCAGCCUGGCUGGCCCCUUCUCCUUGUGUUGCCCGCCUGGCUGUGGGCUCAGGAUCCUUCUACUUGUUCGGAUCUUUGCCCCUAACCUGCCAUCCUGUCCCCCAGCCCCCUUGCCUGUCAGGUCUGCAUCUAAAGCCCCUGCCCAGAGUCUGCCUUCUCAGGUCCAGUACUCCCAGUUCACCUGCCCUCGGGAGCCCUCCUUCCUUCGGAAAACUUCCAGCUCUGACUCCUCCUCAGCCCUUCCCCCUGCCCUGCUCACUUUUAAUUGAGAUGUUAAUGAGACUCCUGUCGCUUCCAUCCCUGGCCGGCCGGUGGGCGGGCUCCCCAGCCCAGCCGCUGCACCUGUCAGGUGAGGGGGAGGAGAGGCUUGGCUGCCAGAUUCAACUGGAAAGGAACCAGUCCCAGUCCAGUCGCAACCUGGGAGUGGGAAGCUGGAGGCAGCCCAGACCUCCUGGAGCCCGGCAGUCCUGGGGCAGCGACAGAAUCAGGACGCAGCUCGAGGUCAGGGCCAGAGGCUGGAGGUGAGGGCCUAGAGUGAGAAGGGACAAGGCAAGUGGGGAAGAGGAAGAGAGGCAGGAUUAGAGAGAGGAGCCAGGUCAGGAAGAGGAGAGCUGGGACAGACCCAAAGAGAAACAGGGCAGAUAGAGAGGGAGUGAGAGGCAGGAGCUGAGACACAGAUCCCAGAGGAAGAAGAUCAAAGGAAGAGGGCAGAGACAGAAAAGGAGGUGCUGGGACAGAAACCAAAAGGUGGCCCUCUCAGGGAAGCAGAAGAGAGGCUGUUCCAGGGAAGCCCAGCUCCGGCACUUUUGGCCCCAACUCCCGCAGGGAACAAGCUGGAGGAGCAGGACCCUAGACCUCUGCAGCCCACACCAGGGCUCAUGGAGGGGAACAAGCUGGAGGAGCAGGACCCUAGACCUCCACAGCCCACCCCAGGGCUCAUGAAGGGGGACAAGCGUGAGGAGAAGGGGCUGGGCCCAGAACCUGCGGCACCCCAGCAGCCCACGGCGGAGGAGGAGGCCCUGAUCGAGUUCCACCGCUCCUACCGAGAGCUCUUCGAGUUCUUCUGCAACAACACCACCAUCCACGGCGCCAUCCGCCUGGUGUGCUCCCAGCACAACCGCAUGAAGACGGCCUUCUGGGCAGUGCUCUGGCUCUGCACCUUUGGCAUGAUGUACUGGCAGUUCGGCCUGCUUUUCGGAGAGUACUUCAGCUACCCCGUCAGCCUCAACAUCAACCUCAACUCGGACAAGCUUGUCUUCCCCGCAGUGACCAUCUGCACCCUCAACCCCUACAGGUAUCCGGAAAUUAAAGAGGAGCUGGAGGAGCUGGACCGCAUCACACAGCAGACGCUCUUUGACCUGUACAAAUACGACUCCUCCCGCACCCUCGUGGCCGGCUCCCGCGGCCGUCGCGACCUGCGGGGCACUCUGCCGCACCCCUUGCAGCGCCUGAGGGUCCCGCCCCCGCUUCACGGGGCCCGUCAAGCCCGUAGCGCGGCCUCCAGCGUGCGGGACAACAACCCCCAAGUGGACUGGAAGGACUGGAAGAUCGGUUUCCAGCUGUGCAACCAGAACAAAUCAGACUGCUUCUACCAGACAUACUCAUCAGGGGUGGAUGCAGUGAGAGAGUGGUACCGCUUCCACUACAUCAACAUCCUGUCGAGGCUGCCAGAGACUCUGCCAUCCCUGGAGGAGGACGCACUGGGAAACUUCAUCUUUGCCUGCCGCUUCAACCAGGUCUCCUGCAACCAGGCGAAUUACUCUCACUUCCACCACCCCAUGUAUGGAAACUGCUACACUUUCAAUGACAAGAACAACUCUAACCUCUGGAUGUCUUCUAUGCCUGGAGUCAACAACGGUCUGUCCCUGAUGCUGCGCACAGAGCAGAAUGACUUCAUUCCCCUGCUGUCCACAGUGACUGGGGCCCGGGCAAUGGUGCACGGGCAGGAUGAACCUGCCUUUAUGGAUGAUGGUGGCUUUAACUUGCGGCCUGGCGUGGAGAUCUCCAUCAGCAUGAGGAAGGAAGCCCUGGACAGACUUGGGGGCGACUAUGGCGACUGCACCAAGAAUGGCAGUGAUGUCCCUGUCAAGAACCUUUACCCUUCAAAGUACACGCAGCAGGUGUGUAUUCACUCCUGCUUCCAGGAGAACAUGAUCAAGGAGUGUGGCUGUGCCUACAUCUUCUAUCCGCGGCCGCAGAACAUGGAGUACUGUGACUACAGGAAGCACAGUUCCUGGGGCUACUGCUACUAUAAGCUCCAGGCUGACUUCUCCUCAGACCACCUGGGCUGUUUCACCAAGUGCCGGAAGCCAUGCCGUGUGACCAGCUACCAGCUCUCGGCCGGUUACUCACGAUGGCCCUCGGUGACAUCCCAGGAAUGGGUCUUCGAGAUGCUAUCGCGACAGAACAACUACACCAUCAACGACAAGAGAAAUGGAGUGGCCAAAGUCAACAUCUUCUUCAAGGAGCUGAACUACAAAACCAAUUCGGAGUCUCCCUCUGUCACGAUGGUCACCCUCCUGUCCAACCUGGGCAGCCAGUGGAGCCUGUGGUUCGGCUCCUCAGUGCUGUCUGUGGUGGAGAUGGCCGAGCUCAUCUUUGACCUGCUGGUCAUCACAUUCCUCAUGCUGCUCCGAAGGUUCCGAAGCCGAUACUGGUCUCCAGGCCGAGGGGACAGGGGUGCUCAGGAGGUAGCCUCCACCCAGGCAUCCUCCCCACCUUCCCACUUCUGCCCCCACCCCACAUCUCUGAACUUGUCCCAGCUAGGCCCUGCUCCCUCCCCAGCCUUGACAGCCCCUCCCCCUGCCUAUGCCACCCUGGGCCCCUGCCCAUCUCCAGGGGGCUCCGCAAGGGCCAGCUCCUCUGCCUAUCCUCUGGGGGGGCCCUGAGAGAGAAGGAGAGGUUCCUCGCACCAAGGCAGAUGCUCCCCUGGUGGGAGGGUGCUGCCCUUGGCAAGAUUGAAGGAUGUGCAGGGCUUCCUCUCAGAGCCGCCCAAACUGCCUUUGAUGUGUGGAGGGGAAGCGAGAUGGGUAAGGGGCUCAGGAAGUUGUUCCAAGAACAGUGGCCAAUGAAGCUGCCCAGAAGUGCCUUGGCUCCGGCUCUGUACCCCUUGGUACUGCCUCUGAACACUCUGGUUUCCCCACCCAACUGCAGCUAAGUCUCCUUUUUCCUUGGAUCAGCCAAGCCACACUUGGAGCUUUGACAAGGAACUUUCCUAAGAAAUGGCUGAUGACCAGGACAAAACACAACCAAGGGUACACACAGGCAUGCACGGGUUUCCUGCCUGGCGACAGCUGAAGCCAGCCCCUGACUGACCUGGCCACACUGCUCUCCAGUAACACAGAUGUCUGCUCCUCAUCUUGAACUUGGGUGGGAAACCCCACCCAAAAGCCCCCUUUAUUACUUAGGCAAUUCCCCUUCCCUGACUCCCGAGAGCCAGGGCCGGAGCAGACCCGUGUAAGUAAAGGCAGCUCCAGGGCUCCUCUAGGCUCAUACCCGUGCCCUCACAGAGCCAUGCUCCAGCGCUUCUGUCCUGUGUCUUUCGUCCCUCUACAUGUCUGCUCAAGAUAUUUCCUCAGCCUGAAAGUUUCCCCAGCCAUCUGCCGGAGAACUCCUAUGCAUCCCUCAGAACCCUGCUCAGACACCAUUACUUUUGUGAAGGCUUCUGCCACAUCUUGUCAUCCCAAAAAUUGAUCACUCCCCUUUCUCCUGGGCUCCCGUAGCACACUAUAACAUCUGCUGGAGUGUUGCUGUUGCACCAUACUUUCUUGUACGUUUGUGUCUGCCUCCCCAACUGGACUGUGAGGGCCUUGUGGCCAGGGACUGAGUCUUGCCCGUUUAUGUAUGCUCCGUGUCUUCUAGCCCAUCAUCCUGCUUGAAGCAAGUAGGCAGAUGCUCAAUAAAUGUUUGUUGCAUAAAGGA